AUGUUCAAUCCCGAGAUGAUGCGCAUGGCGCAGGAGAUGAUGAGCCGUAUGACGCCAGAGCAGAUGGCUGAGAUGCAGCGCCAGGCCGCCAGCAUGUCCCCAGACAUGAUGCAGCAGGCCAUGCGAGCGGCGCAGGGGGCAUCCCCCGAGGACAUUCGUCGUGCGCAGGCCGCGGCCGCCGCACAGACGCCCGAGAGCCUGCUGCAGCAGGCACAGACCGCGAUCCCCCAGCUCUCCGCGCGCGAGAAGAUGGUGCUGAGCGCGUCGGAGACCCUGAAGCAGGACGGCAACGCCCUGCACCGAGCUGGGAAGUACGAAGCGGCGGCCGAGAAGUAUGCCCGCGCGGUGAACAAUCUCACUGGCAGGACCGACGCUGCGGCCGUCAGCCUGCGACUGGGGUGCCAGAAUAAUCUGGGCAGCUGCCACCUGGCGCUGGGGCGAUGGAGCGAGGCGCGCGCCGACUGCGACGCCGUGCUGGCCGCCGACCCCGCCAACCGCAAGGCCCUGUACCGCCGGGGUCAAGCCCUGCUGGCCCUGCAGCUCCCCGAGCUGGCGGUGCGGGACCUGGCGGCCGCCCUGGGCCUUGCGGAGGGCGAUGACCGGGACGUGAUCGCCGCCAAGCUGGCGGAGGCGCGGAAGCUGGCGGAGGAUAAGGCGCCGGCGGCGCAGGCGCCGCGAGGGGGGGUGGAGGUGGAGGACGCUCCCCCGACCGAGCUGCGCGGCGUCGAGGCCGGGCAGCCGCGGAGGGUUGGGGACGUGGUCAUUGAGGAGGACCCCCGCGCCAUGGCGAGCAUGCUGCGCUCCAUGGACCCCAGCCUGCUCCAGAGCAUGGCCGGCAGCGGGGGCCUGCCCCCUGGGACCCAGGUGCACAUUCAGGUGGCCGUCAGUGACAGCACCUUUGACCCCGCGGCGCUGCUGUCGGGGGACAUGGUCAGCAAGCUGACGGACCCAGCCACGCUGAAGACCAUGCAGAAGAUGCUCAAGGCCAUGCCGCCCGAGACGCUGCAGCAGAUCGGGCGGCAGGCGGGGGUCAACAUCAGCCCCGAGAUGGUACACAGGCUGGGUAAUGUGAGCGAGAAGACGCUGGAGCGCAUUGCCCGCGCCAGCAGCAUCCUGCUCCGUUGCGCGGCCGUGGCAAAGCGGUGCUGGGCCCUGCUGCGCAGCCAAGCGGCGCUCGUCUUCGCCAUCGCGCUCCUCCUCCUCGCCAUUUUCCUGCGAUGGAGGGGCUGGGCCGCAGCCCAGCGUGCGGUCACCUUCCAGCGGCAGGGUACCCUGGCCUGCGGGGCUGGCCUCCUGGUGCUUCCCCUGCCCAAGGACCGCCUGGAGGAUGCAGCCACCCUGCUGAACGACAGCUUUGCCGAGUCCCUGGGCUACAUAUCGAUGUACAGGUCCUACCUGCAGUCCCAGAUAAGGCAGUACCUGCGCCAGCACCUCCCGCUGCUGCCCAAGACGGUCAUCCUGGCAGCCUUCAGGGUGGGUGAUGAGCAGGGCGCGGAGCUUGCUGUGGAGGGCUCAGGAGAUGCCGAGGGGGAGGAGGAACAUCUCGACCAUGAACCCGAGUGCGAGCUCGUCGGCAUCGUGGAGCUGUCCUUUUCGGCCUCCACUCGGACCAAAGCACUAACGCUGAACCCUCCCCCGGAGCACGCCUACCUGUCCAACAUGGCCGUCAGCCAGACCAUGCGGAGGCAGGGCAUCGGCAGCUUCCUCCUGUCUUCGGCGGAGGAGCUGGCCCAGACAAUGGGCCACACCCAUGUCUACCUCCAUUCCAGGGUGGACGAUGCGGUGGGGGUGCGCAUGUACAGCCGCGCCGGGUACGAGACAGUGUCCCAGGAUUCUGGCAUGGUGCGGCUCAUCGGCGUGGACCCGCGAUACCUCAUGAGCAAGCCCUGCGGCAGCCGGGGCGCCCUCGCCGAGCUCGCGGCAAUGUGA